ACUAGAAAAUCCCUAAAAUUGUAUGUGUAGCAAGUUCAUGUAUUCAUGUAAUGCUAAGCCUGUACUUUUGUUAGUUUCAAUAGAAAAUAUUUGGAAGUUACCAAAAACCAACAGCAAAAUAUGUGGAAGAAAGAGGGUUCCAAUUGUUUUGAGCCAGUAAACUGCAUAUGAACAACUGUAAUGUCAGCGUGUUUAUAAAAGUGCAGUUAACCGCGCUGGAGAAAAUUCUAGCCGAUAUAUACUUGGAAGUUAAAAUCUUGGUUAGCUUAUUGUAGAAUAGGACAUUGCAUGAUUCCUUUCUGUUAGGGUGGUGCUAUACACAUUCCCUUUUUACCUUCCACACAGUCUCUCAAUUUUGCAGCUGUCGGAUCGACUGAAUUGGGAGGAUCAAAGGACAUAAAUCAGCAGAGGGUGUAUGAGAGGCAAAAAGAGAUGUGUGGAUAGCACCACUCUUUUGUUAUUGGAGACUGGAUUACUCUCAACUCUAACAUCCAAUAUCAGGCCCUUUUACGGAUGUUUACUUACCGGUUUUUGAUAUUUCACAAACUGGUGAAUCUGAGUUAUUUAUCAAACACUUUGGUAAGUUGUUCAUCUUCGCUUGAUUUGUUUGCAACCAGUGAAUCUCUCUUGAAGUGAUCGCGUGUGCCCUCCGAUCGAGAACCUUCGCUAUUAGUAUUAGUUACUGCAUCAAUCUAUGAAUGGUUGUUUUUCAUUUAUGAAAUUAAGGCGUGUAUUCUGUAUGGGUCUAUGUGGUUGUGCAGGUUGUACAAUUGUGCUCGUAAGCGCUGAAAUUCAUUGAAAUCUUUAUUCUGCAUCCAGAAAUAGAGUUGAUCGGAGCAAUGGUCCCUGAAUUAAAAAUCCGUUAGCUUUGAUAACAUGUCAGUCGCAUAUUUCAGGGGAGAGGUUGUACUGGUUUACAUGCAUAAGUAGUUGGAAAAUCAAACAUUGCAGAUAUGGCUACUACGAAGAUAUACAUCGUGUACUACUCCUUGCAUGGACAUGUAGAGAUUAUGGCACGUGAAAUACAUCGUGGAGUUAAUUCGGUUGAAGGUGUUGAAGCAACACUUUGGCAGGUGCCCGAGACGCUUUCCAGUGUCAUACUGCAAAAGGUGAAGGCCCCUCCUAAGGCAGAUGAUGUGCCGGAAAUAAGGCCAGAGCAGCUUGUGGAAGCUGAUGGCUUCCUCUUUGGCUCACCUUCUCGUUUUGGUGUGAUGGCAUCACAGUUCAAGGCCUUCUUUGAUGCCACCGACGAGAUAUGGAAAAAGCAAGCACUUGCUGGCAAACCUGCUGGAAUCUUCUGGAGUACCGGAUUUCAUGGCGGAGGGCAGGAGCUUACCGCAUUAACAACCGUAACACAGUUGGCACAUCAUGGCAUGAUUUUUGUGCCUCUUGGGUACACCUUCGGGAGCGGCAUGUUUGAGAUGGAUGCCGUAAAGGGUGGAUCAGCUUAUGGCUCUGGAACUUUUGCGGCAGACGGAUCACGUCAACCAACAGAGCUAGAACUCCAGCAGGCAUUUUACCAGGGUAAAUAUGUGGCUCAAAUUGCAAAGAAACUCAAAAAUUAAGAGAGAGAGGGGAGGGGGGAGUUUCGAACCAGGGACUCAUGGGCAGAGACCCAACGCCCUAUCCACUAAAAUAUUGGACCACAUGCCAAUUACGCUUAAUUUCAAGAUGUUGUAUAUUUAUGCCCUUGCAAUGUAAAAAACCAAUAACCAUAAGUUGAUGAAUGAGGAGGUCAAUCUUCUUGCUA